AUGGCGCCUCUCAUUUACACACACCUGGAUGAAGCAACUGCGAUAGCUUCCAGUCCAACAUCAUCACCAGGAAACACCUCCGAUAAAGAAAACCAUCGGCGAAGCGUGAAUAAGAGGUCAACCACCACAAUGGCACCCCGCUCACAUAACAAACGACAGAGACUAUCAUCCCGGCACUCCAACAUACAGUCUGCACAGUCGCAAACAUCCUCUCAAACGAACAGUGGCAACCGAUACUAUGACCCUGAUCAGGAUCCUAAUGAACGCAGACGCGUUCGUAGAGAGUUUCGUGAUCUCGGAAGAGAAGCCAACGAUUCACGAGGCGAGUGGAUACGGGCUGGAAACUAUGGUAUUCAAACAGCUCUUGAGAAAGCAAACCACCUCUAUGUCGAUGUGAAGCAGACUUCUGAUGCAACAGUCGAUUCGCGCCUCUUGGUCAAUCUCGCCGACAUAUCGCAUAAGAAAACUGCCCAGCUUGCCCUCGGUGAUGCAUCGGCUGGCCUUGACGUGGAUGAGUUUGUGUCGAAAUGUAUUUCUUUCAUGCGCCGCGGCCCAAACAACACGGCAUCUGCGCCAAAUGGGACUCAGGGUCGUGGUCGUCGUGGCCGCCAUUUCGGAACCCAAGGUGAUCCUGACGCAAGUGAUGACGAUGAGGGAGAGCCAAUGAAUUGGGAUUGGCUUGGUCAAUUCGCCUGCUUUCCUUCGAACGCGCGACCGGCCGUUCCAGGAUGGUUACUUGGGCCGCUAUCAGUUCAGAAGCGUGCUCGACAACUUACCCAGCGAAGAACAGAGAGAAUUGAUCGCUCGCAGGCUGUGGCGCCUGUAGAAUUGCAGCAGGGAGACCUUGGCCAACAGGAGAGCGCGAAUCUUACCGAGAUAUGCUCCGAAAUCAGCAGACUGCUUGCAAAAAAUCAGGAAGAACGCACAGAACAGGCUGAACGAAAAUUGGCAAGCUUGGAAAAUGUUACGGACGAGCAGGUGCAGUUAAUCAUGGAUGAGUUAUGGAUUGCCAACGACGGUGGAAUUCCCCUAUUUCGCUUCUGCAUCAAUCCGGACUCUUUUGGUCAAAGUGUGGAGAAUUUGUUCUAUGUCAGUUUUCUGGUUCGGGAUGGCAUAGUAGGUGUUUCCACUGACGACCGUGGAAUACCAACACUUCAUGCCACAAAGCCCUACGCGCCAAGUGAAGCUCAGAAGCACGGAAUACAAAAGCACCAGGCUGUAUUCAGUUUAGAUCACGAAACCUGGGAAGACAUAAUCAGGGUAUUUGACAUGAAAGACACCAAGUCAAUCAUACCUCACCGCGAGGAAGCACAGGAAACCGGCACGAGCUGGCAUGACUGA